UUCGUUUUCAUCGAUUGCGACCUCGGACUGCUCAUCUUCAGAUCCAUUCCUUCCCAGUAGCACGUCUGCAUCUGUACAAUCACCCAUGGAUGCGGUGGACGUUGUUAAAACACUGGCUGGGCGCUGUCGAUUUGGCAAGGGAUUCAAAAGUUGUCUGAUCGAUAUGCGCGACUCAGAAACCAAAGAUGCACAGUGGCUGUUGUCAGAGCCGAAUCCGA